AUGCCUAGCUACAUCAGCAGAGACGAUGAGGCCUACCACGACGUGGUCAAGGGUUUCGACACCGAGUAUUUCAAGAAGCAACGCACGGCUCGGCUGUCGGCAAGAGCAAAAGAAUGGAACGCCCUCUACUCAGAGCUCAACUGGUUCCUGUACAAGAUCGAGCAGGAGGGCCCGGAGGACGCUGCCGACAAGGCCAAGGAGUUGAACCACCGGCUCUGGAGUUUCAUCCGGACAGGUCUUGAGGAGAUCCCUGAGCAUCCAGAUUUCGGAACCGACUUCAAGCAGGCGAUUCCCCUUGACCAGCUGCGCGGAUGGCUACUGCUGCAGAGAUCGAGACUUUCCCCGACGGAACGUGCGGCAGUCAUCAGCGCAGUCAAAGGCAACUUCGACUACGACAGCAUCGGCGAGCAGCUAAGAGUGUCCUGGCCAGAUGACGAGCUGACGAACCGAGAUAAGAAGCACGGCAAGGACAACCAUCGCCAUCGCGAGCGAGGUCGGAUCCACGCCGGCUGGGAGGAGAACAGCGAGGACGACGACGACUACAGCUACUACGAUGGCGACCAGUCGGAGGCCACCUAUGAGGACGCGGACGGCGACGAGGACGAAGGAGAUCCCGAGGAGCCGCUCUACAGCGCCCAGGAGAUCGAGGAGGCCGAGACCGCGUUCGCCGCCCAGCAGCGCAGUUUCGAAGAAGCUCGGGAUCUACUCCGACGAGUGAAGACCGCCAGGAAGUUCUACCCCGUGGAUGAGAACAAGAAGCGAGAAGGACCCUGUCUGAAGUGUGGCGGCAAUCACGAGACGAAGGAUCAUAAAGACCGCGCUUCCUCCACCAGCAGCAAAGAUCGUGAACGACCCAAGCGAGGUUUCGGAGCCUACGUGUUCUUCGGCGCCGAGCAGGACGCCGAGAUGGAGGCGAAUCUCAUCAGGAACGAGACAUCGCGCCUGGAGCUGGAGUCGACGCUCAACAAUAGGCCAGUGAUCAAGAAUCGACCGAAGCUUCCGAAGAAACAGCUCGAGAAGACGAAGUACCUAGAGGUGGAGAAAUCCAUCGAGAGACAGGAGCAAGUCCAUCAUGUGAAGCUACCGAGCUGGCCAACCCUGGAGAAGCUAGACGACUGGAUCCUCAUGAGUGUGAAGCAGAGCUCCUCCAAGGGCUUCGGUAUUCUGGACAUCGGCGCGACCUCCAGCAUCAUGGGCAUCGAGGCCGCCGAGAACCUACGCGAUAUCAUCUAUGAGCAGACGGGCAAGAACAUCAAGAUGGACGUUAGCCAGAAGAGUACCUUUAUCUUUGGAGACGGCAACGCCAAGACCUGCACCGGCAAGGCAACCUUUCCUCUGAUGAUCGCCGGUGUGGACGGCGAGCUCGAGAUAAACAUCCUCGACGCAGAUGCCCCGCUCUUGAUCGGAGUGGAUGUUUUGAGCCGCCUAGGAGCUGUGAUCGACUGCGAGGCACAUUCUGUCUACUUCAAGAAGCUCGGGCGCCGAGCUGAACUGCUCGUCCUUCCGAGCGGCCCCAGGUACAUCAUCAUCAUUUACAAGUACGGGGGCACCCUCACCAAUUACGCCUACAGCAACAUCAUCAUCAUUUACAGGUACUGGGACAUCAUCAAUUACGUCGGGGACAUCAUCAAUUACGUCAGGGACAUCAUCCGUAUCAGCCCCGACUCCAUCACCUACGCCAUUCUCGAAGUUAUCUCCAGAGCAGAGAGCCAGCAGAUCAAGCUGGAGAACGAGGAGAUGGACGGCCCUUGGGAGCAGGUGGAUGUUCGGGCCUCGCUACGGGACUCGGGAUCAUCGGCGGCGACCUCUACGUCGACGCCGGCACGGCCUACACUACAACGGAUGCAGCCGCAGGGGCGACUGAUCGCUCAUCAGGACGCGAGGGGCCACAUCUUCUACACGAUCGAGGGCUCGGAGCAGGACAACAGCAUGAAGCGGAUGACGGACAUCUUCCUGCAGGAGCACCUACCGAACUGGGAGAUGUGGUCCAGCAAGCUUCUCCAGCAAUGGACGCAGUGCCGUCGCUGGGGACGAAUCAUCCAGAAGGUCUUCAUCAAGACGAUCGAUCGCGUGAACUGGAAGCUGGACAGCCUCGGACUACCUGUGCAGUUGCUACCCGAGAGGUACCCGACCUGGCCGGCGGACAUCGAGCAUCGUGCGAAGAUCGAGCCGCGCCAGCCGUGCACAGAGCCGAAGCAGCGCCCCCUGUCCCAGAAGUCAGCAGCCUCGGCAGCCGCGCGCGAGCAGAAUCAAGAGCUGCGAGCCACCAUCGAGACCGCAAAGUUAGAUUUCUUGACCAAGUUUGCGGAGGUGGAUGCGUUCGCAGCGCUGAGCUCGGAGCAGAUCCACGAGCAGCUCAGCAUGGUUACGUUGAUCAAUCACCUCAAGCCGCUGUGCAAGAUGUGGGGACUGACCCAGACUGGCAAGAAGGAGGAGGUGAUCGACAAGCUCAUCGCGUACAUCAUCGAGCAGCGCGGCACGGCGGCAGCGACUAUCCAGGUCAAGAAGGAGACGGAGACCAAGAAGAUGGAGACGACGGCAGUGCCCAUGGGCCCGGCUAUCCCAGCUCACUACACUCAGAUGUGCCAGCACCCAGACUGCAAGCUACGCCGAGGCAUCGCCAAGAACGAGCCGAUCGUGAAGAUGAGGCUCUACGGUUGGUGCCACCAGGCGUGUGCGGUCAGGUCGGCCAUUUUCGGAGCCAUGUGCGCCCUCGCAACCUUCGGCCGCCUGACGAUGGUCGAAGCGUGCACCCACGAGGACUCGAAUCUCGGGAAGGUGUGCGACGAGAAGGGCUACCACUACGAGCGGCUCGGCCUCUUCAACGAGAACGACCUCAGCAAGCCGCAGGGCUACCACAAGGCGAAGUUCCUGCUAGACGAGAAGCGCCCGGAGCUCUUCGUCAGUACACCACCCUGCGGUCCAUGGUCGAUAAUGCAGAACGUCAACCAGCGCAACGAUCAACAGAAGGAGAACCUUCGCAGGAAGCGGCUCAAGAGCCAGCGGAUCUUCGAGAACAGCAAGAGGCUCAUCGAGCACCAGGUGCUCAAUCUGAACGGCUCGGCCCUCGCCGAGCAGCCCCACAACAGUCGUUCGUGGCAGAAGACCUGCUGGAAGGAUCUCCACAAGAUCCUACCGUAUGAGGUGAUCGUGGAUGGCUGCGCCUGCGGACUACGAGCCCCUGACACGGGCGAGCUCAUGAAGAAGCGCUGGAAGUUCUUGACGAAUGACAGGAGGAUCUGGGUAGCUCUACAACCUCUACAGUGCCGUGGAGGACACUACCACGAGGAGAUAGAGAGCAGCUUGAGGACCGAGGCCUCGGGCUCCUACCCCAAGAUGCUGUGCCGCCAGAUCCUCAGGGCUCUGACCAAGAGCCAGAACCAUAACUACUUCGAGGACGAGGUUGUGAACUGCCUCUGCAUGGCAGCUACCCAGCAGCCACCGACAGAGCCUACGCCAGAGGAGGACGAGCCGACUCUCCCACCACGAGACGGCAAGGAUGCGCACAACCUCACCAACGAAACGGUCAAGAAGCUCGAGAGCUACAUCAGAUUGGUGCUUUUUGACGCCUUCUCGUGGAUCCGUCGCAGCACGAACACGAACGUGAUGGCGCUGGCGAUACUCGACGCCGGCUCGGACAUCCUCUACGUGCGGCUGAUCGACGAGAAGCCGAUCCCAGGUACUACCCGGCAAGUCCGUGCAGGCGACCUUCGGCAUAUCUUUGCUACAAAAUGGUUCCCCUGGAUGGGACGCCCGAAGGUCAUGCGCUACGACCCUGCCGGCAGCGCCAUCUCCGACGAGUUCCGCGAGUGGAUCGAGAGCCAGGGAGUCUACUGUCUCCCAUGCGCGGCCGACGCUCACUGGCAGAUCGGCAAGAUCGAGCGUGCCAUUGAAGCCUUCAAGGAGGCCCUCGAUGCUUUCGACGAGAUGGUCUCAGCCGAAGUACCCACCAGCGAGAUGUUCGGACUCCAGACGGCGGCCAGGAACGACCUGAUCAGGAUCGACGGGUUCAGCCCGCUGCAGCGCUAUGCGGGACGGACGCCGACUGGGACGACAGUCAAUCUGUCGGACGAGCCGAACAACCUGCCGCUCAUCAGUGCCGAGCUGCAGGACGGUACCUUCAGCAGGGACGCCCAGGUACGACGAAUGGCGCGGCUGGCUCACAUCCAGACCGAGAACUCUGACCGAGUCAAGCGAGCGGAGGCCGCGCGCUUCAGAAGGGACAGCCUCGCUCAAUGCCUGGGCGAGGACGCUGGUACGGACCUGGAAGAGUACUUUGUCACGAGCCAGCGAGCUCGGGACACCGACCUGGUCUACCUGCCGGGGACCUGGACCUUCGGCGAUGUCCAGAAGCAGCUCGACACGAAUGAAGUGAUCGACUUAUCGAACGAGCCCCCGCCCACUGGCGAGGAUUUGGCCGCUGAUGACGGUGAAUCGGUCAGCGCCCGCACCUUCGAGAGCAACGCGAGCGGCAUUCCACAGGAAGGCGGCCACGAAGCUGGACUACCCGAGGCAGCUGAGCAGCCCAUCGAGGAGGAGAUCGUCAUGGAAGCCCCUCCCGGCGACGACCAGGAGGAGCGCGCGUCGCAGCGGCCCAUCGUGGCGGAGACUGACGAUGACCUCGACGAUAUCUCAGCGCCCGACGUGAACGAUAAGCGCCGGAUCCGAGAGCCCGGCACAACCGAGCCCCCGGCUAAGAAGCAGCGGGUCAACGCUGCGACCCAGGAGGCCUUCUCCUACUACCUGCAGGAGGGCAACUUCUACAGCGAUUAUGCCUACAGUGUCCAGCAGUAUGACGAUAUGAAGGAGAACGACGAACUUAUCGUGCUGGACAUCCCUGUCAGCAACGAGCAUGCGUUCAUGGCCUACAUGGACGACCCCAGCAACUUCGUGGCAUCGCAGGCCCGCAAGGGCCGAGUGGAGGUCUCAUUUAAGAAGGCGACGCCUGAGGAGAAGAAGCUGCUACUCGAGGCCCAGCAGAAGGAGUGCACCUCAGUCCUCAGCACGAAAGCCGUCAGGAUCCUCAGCCGACAGGGGAUCGACCCGACGCUGCAGCUGGAAGUGAUACAGUGCGAGCCGUGCGUCUGGGUCAUUCGAGACGGCACGAAGCUGGUUGGCAUGGUUAUCCUACACGUCGACGACAUGAUGAUCGCCGGCGACCAUCACAACUCGGCAUUCCUCAAGAAACGACAGCAGAUACAACAGGCCUUCGAGUGGACACCUUGGGAGAGCCGAGCGUUUGUGCAGUGCGGCAUCAGUAUUCGACAGAAUGAGGACUACACCUGCAGUCUCGCACAGGACAGCUACAGCCUGAACGUGGAGCCCAUCAAGAUACGACGUGGACGCAAGCCCACGGAAGGAGUUUCAGACAAAGAGAGAUCAGAUCUACGAGGCCGACUUGGUACAGUCGGAUGGCGAGCUCAGCAGUCGGCCCCGUGGCUCAGUGCAGAAGUCUCUCUACUCCAAGCGGAGAUACCUACGGCGACGGUCUCUACCAUCCAGAAGAUCAACAAGCUGAUCCGCACCAUGAAUGACACUGCUGACGUAGUCAUGCUCAUCCCGGCCAUCGAGCAGAUAGCUGUGGUUGGCUGGGGCGAUGCUGCCUGGGCCGCUCGUAUUACUGGCGAGUCCCAGGGUGGCGAGAUGAUCGUGCUGGCACCACUGUCUUUCCUGAGUGGCUCGACAGAGACGGUAGCGCCUAUCUCAUGGAGAUCAUGCAAGCUACCGCGAGUGGCCAGAAGCAGUACGAGUGCGGAGGUUCAGAUGAUGACAGAGACCCUCGACGAGAUCAGCUACGUGCGCCUGUUCAUCUACGAGUUAGAGUGCGGCCAAGUGGACUACACCAACAAGCAGCACGUGAACGACGCCAUCUCAUCCUGCCCUGGCGUACUGGUCACAGACGGUAAGUCGGGCUACGACGCGAUCGAGAAGAGCGAGUCAGCUGGUCUCGGCCUACGUGACAAGCGGACGAGCAUCGAGUGUCUAGGCAUUCGACAGCAGAAGGAGCAGACGGCCCUCCAGAUACGCUGGGUCCACAGCGAUGCCAUGCUAGCCGACGGCCUCACCAAGGAUCGAGCCGCCAAGGUCUUGCUGGAGUUCUUUCGGUCAGGUCAGCGAUGGAGACUCGUGGACGACCCACUGCACCGCAGUGCCAGGAAGCGCAAGACCGAGGGCAUGGACAGGCUGGACCACGGCAAGCCGUUAUCUGCAGACGACGACGAAGCUAUGCUGGAGGCCCUGAUCUACUUCGCUCGCGACAAUCCCUACGAGCAGGAGACCCCUGCCGGAGACAUAGCCCUUUGGGGCACUCUUUUGCAGCGUCUCAGCGACGCUGGACUCCUGGUGUGCGUCCUAGAGACGCAGGACAGCGAACUGCCCGCUGACAAACAGAUCCUGUUCAUCACCAUAGUGCGAGCAGCCUCGCACCAGCACUGCCCAUAG